CACACCAGGAUUAGUUUCAGCAGAAGAUGCUGAAUCAGUACUAAUUCUGACGGAAGGAGAAUCAGCUAGGGCAUUUGCCUUAGCUGCAUGGGAUGAGUUUGUGGAUGCAAAUCAAGAAAAUGCAUCAACUUCUACUCAUGAUAAUAUUGAACAAGACGAAACAGUAACUACAACUAUAGAUACCAGCUUGGAAGUUGAUGACAAUGAUGCUGAAUCACUGCCAUCACUUGUAUCAGUCUAG